GUACAUUCUCGUUCUCUAAUCUUGACAGCCUUUGCAGGGAACCAACAGUAGAGGCUAUCUGUUGGGGAGAAGACGUGGCCUUUCAGCAGCCACACUUCACCACAACAACGAGGGUUUCGCCUCUACUAGUUUUGGCCCUUGGGCUUGGGCCAUUUGGCUUCCUAUUACAGCAUUGGGAUACCAGGCAGCUCAAGCGGUAGCCAUCAUGGAAGACAACGAGAGCAAACCCAAGGGGAUGAUUACGUCGCCUUCGGGCAACCGGCUUUGUCAAGCCGAGUCAACUCUGUUGACAGACGCCGAGAGGGAUGAGAACAAGCUCAGCUCCAACCCUAUCGUUCGGUUCUUCCAGUUCCUCGGCUCUUUCAUGAUUCCUGGCCUGGGCAUGUUCUGCGAGGCCUACUUCGUCUUUGCAGUCGGCAAUCUUUCAUCGCUAUGGAAGGUGGAGUACAAAGAGUGCUGGAAGGACCACAAGACUUGCCCUGCCAAGCUUUCGGACUCCAUCACCUACACGCAAGUCUGUGGCAUUAUUUUUGGGCAACUAUUCCUGGGCUUCUUUGCUGACCGGAUAGGCCGAAAAUGGGGCUCCGUCUUCUGCGCCGGAAGCAUGGUCGUAGGCGCCAUCCUCAUCAUCGUCUCCAACGGCCCGAACGACCGUGCGCUUUGGGCUAUGUUCACCGCUGUGCAGUUCAUCUUUGGUAUCGGCGUGGGUGGCGAGUACCCCGUUGCCUCCGCCUCUGCCAAUGAGCGCGCUGAGUCGUCUGUUCGCCUCCAGAAGCGCCGCGGCGAGACCGUGGUGCUGACCUUCAGCAUGCAGGGCUGGGGCAACCUCGUUAACACCGCCGUCAUUAUCGCUAUCAUGGCCGGCUUCCAUCAGUACGGCGCGCCAUACAACAAGCACGACCUGGAGGUCACCUGGCGCCUGUCGUACGCCAUCGGUCUCAUUCCCCUGGUCGGCAUCAUGCUCUACCGCAUCUUCCGCCUGCGCGAGUCUGCCGUGUGGAAGAAGAAGCGGGAGGCGCUCAAGGCUAUGGGAGGCGAGGAGAAGAAGGGCGCGCAGUGGCGCAAGUUUGGCCUGCUGAUGUACUACUACUGGCACCGCAACUUCGGCACCUCCAUGAGCUGGUUCGUGUGGGACUUUGCCUUCUACGGCAACAAGCUCUUCCAGGGCACCUUCAUCAAGAUUAUCAACCCCUCCGCCACUCUAAUCCAAGUGCUCGAGUGGACUCUGCUGAACAGCGCUGUUGCCCUGGUUGGCUACUACUUUGCCGCCUUCUUCAUUGACAAGCCGUGGAUGGGCCGCAUGAGGAUGCAGAUGAUGGGCUUCACCUGGACGUUCGUCCUUUUCCUCAUCUGCGCCGUGCACUACUUUGAGCUCUCCACUCCCAAGUGGAUUCACGCCUUCCAGUUCCUGUACUACUUCUCCUCCUUCUGGGGCCAGUUCGGACCCAACGCCACCACCUGGCUGCUGCCCGCCGAGCUCGCACCCACCGAGCUGCGCUCCAUGUGCCACGGCUUCUCCGCGGCCGUGGGCAAGGCCGGUGCGCUGGUGGCCGGUGUGGUGUUCAACCUGGUGGACAACCGCGGCAAGUUCUGGAUUAGCGCCUUCUGCGGCCUGGCUGGCGUCAUCCUCACCUUCAUCACCAUUCCCGACGUUACCGGUCUGGACCUCCGCGAGGGCGACCGCCGCUGGCUGGCCAUCCUCGAUGGAAACCACGAUGCCUACCACGGGGAGGCCGUCAACCCGCGCUACCUAUCGUUUUUGGAGCGGAUGAUGGGAUACGGCAAGCUGUACAAGCCCGAGGGCAGCGAGGCGGUGCAGGAGGCUGUGGCUGUGGCCAAGGGCCUUGCUACUGAGGAGGUUGAGAUCACCACGACCGCUGUGAAGGCGUAGUGGGUUAUUUACUCGGACUACUCGGUUGAGUCAUCUGCGUGCGUUAGUGAAUCGCAUUGACUUUGAGGCUGGUGUGGAGUGUCUGUUAUGUGAGCGACGUUGAAACUGCUGUGGGAGCAUGCUUGCGCGUGUCAGGGUCAACCUGCGUGGUUGAGGGCGCUCCCAUGCAGCAAAUCUAAGUUUUUCUAUGUCUGGGUUGCGAUUCCAAAGGAAAUCUGCGAUGGUGCAUGCUUACCUAUACGGUUACUGCUUGGGAUAUUAGCGCCAUGGUCACCCGGGCGCUUGCAUUACUGAACAAGGGGGAUUUGCUCCAGGACCCAUGUGUCUGUUGCGCACGCCGGGCCUUUAGGAGCUUUACCGGAUUCUUACGUGGGGCAUCUGGUAUGCAUGUGUUUGUUAGUCGUAUAAGCUGAUAGCAUGCGCAGCUAUCUUGCUGCCGCAGGUUGCCGUUGUACGUCAGGCAGGUCUUGGGUUGUCACCCAAUCGCUUCCGUACGUUCCAAGUUUAGGAAUAGCAUGGUAGGUGUAUAUAAGAUUCUUCGCGAUACGGAUACUUCGCCUUGUGGCGGUGGUUACAUGGCACACCUGCCGCUAAUGUACCGUACACAAUGUGGCAUGCUACUUGUGUAUGUAUGUUGGUUCCUGGACAUAUUCUCGCUAGCGAUUGUAGCGAUGACUUCUGUAUUUCUUGGGACAAUUACUGGAGCUCGAUCUUAAUGAUAAGUUUCGAGUUGGAUGGUAGCUUGUAAGGAGGAGGUUCGAUUCGCCGAGGCUGUACACUUGACAAUCCCGUUAGCAAGCCAAGAC